GCUGUAAGUUUGUUUCAGACAUGGCCGAAACAACCGGAGAGGGACCCCCGGGAGGACCAUAUUUUAACAAAGAGAGAAUUAAAUACACCCCCGAGGAGGAGGCCAGGCUGGAGAGGCAACAUUUCUGGAGAAUUAUCGAUGCGUUUAGAUUUUACAGGGUCCAUGUCCAGGAGCAGGUCAAGCGUGCUGAGCGUCAGUUUCUGAGCCUCCCGCAGCACCACCAGGAUUUGCUGCCAGAUGUUUUGUCCAACCUGGCCCGGAUCAGCCAGUGUGCAGACCACAACCAGGAGAUUCUGCAGGCCAUCAUUCACAACAGCCUCCACAUGUUUGAGAACAUUGAGUACGGCGAGAGAGAGGAUCCACGAAAGGUGCGUCCAUCCACCACUUUUGACAUGGACAAGCUUAAGUCCACCAUAAAGCAGUUUGUCAGAGACUGGAGCGAGACGGGCCGGGCUGAGAGGGACACCUGCUACAAACCCAUCAUCCAAGAGAUCCAAAGACUAUUCCCAAGUGACCAAUAUGAUGUGUCUAAGGUGAGUGUGCUGAUUCCGGGUGCUGGGCUUGGCCGUCUAGCCUGGGAGAUAGCACGGCUGGGUUAUAUUUGCCAGGGCAACGAAUGGAGCUUCUUCAUGCUCUUCUCUUCAAACUUUGUUCUCAAUAGGUGUGAGAAGGUGAACUCUCUGACCCUGUACCCCUGGAUCCACCAGUUUAGCAACAACAAGAAAUCCUCCGACCAAACAAGAUCAAUCAGAUUCCCUGAUGUCAACCCUCAGAGCUUACCACUAGAUUCAGACUUCUCCAUGGUAGCAGGGGACUUUGUGGAAGUCUACACCGACCCAGAUUCCUGGGACUGUGUUGCUACCUGCUUCUUUAUUGACACAGCUCAUAAUGUCAUUGAGUAUGUGGAGACUAUCUGGAAAAUUCUGAAGCCCGGAGGAGUGUGGAUCAACCUGGGUCCACUGCUGUACCACUUUGAGAAUAUGGCAAACGAGCUGUCUGUUGAACUUAGUUACGAAGACAUUCGGACAGCGAUAGUUAACUUCGGCUUCCACAUAGAGGUGGAGAGAGAGUCAGUUCAGACCACCUACACAGAGAACGACCGCUCUAUGUUGAGAUACAUUUACGACUGUGUCUUCUUUGUGGCACGAAAACCUGCAGACCUGUAUUAUAACAGUCAAGAAGAAAAAGAAGAUGACCAACAGAGUUCACCAGCGGCUAAGUCACCACGGCGAGAAGGUACAGACAGCCUGACGUGACAGGAAAUAUUAUGACAAAAACAGUGAACUCAGACGAGUGCAACCACUGACUAAGCGAAGAUCACACUGACAAAAUUAAGAAGAAAACGGACACAGAAGGAAAAAAAAUCAGUGGAUAUGAAUUUUCUUUUUUGUCAUAUAUAUUUUUAAUUAUGUAUCUCAUGGAGGAAUGUGCUCAACUCUGCAGGCCCUGAGACAUGUAUCACAUAACAUCUAAAUACUCUCCAUCUCUUUAUACCUGGAUUUGAGAUGAGUCAGUUCCCCUUUAUUGCUGUUUUCUUUUAGUGGUUUGUGUGCCAGGUACAAGCCACGAAGAGUCUAUUUCUUUUUACUGCGCUCCUGCCUGCCUGACUGCCUGCAGUCUUACUGAUGCUCAUUUUUAUUGACUUUCACUGCCUGAGAGAGUAAAUGUGUGUGAGAAUGUAUGUAUGUGUGUGUGUGUAUGUGUGUGUGAGAGAGAGAGAUAGGAUGGCGUGAUGUGAACAUUAGCUUUUGAAAUCUAUUUAUUUUUUCAAAUAUGGUGCCAAUAACUAUAUCUUCUCAUUUGCAUUGUUAUCAGUCAACACUGAAAAUAUAAUCAAACCAUGUUUCAGAUUUUCAGUAAUAAGUUGUUUUAAAUUUUGAGAUGACAUUCAUUGACUUUUCUUGUUUCUAAUCACACUUUGGAAUAAAGCAGAACAUUUAAAGAUA